AUGUCGUCAAACGUCUUUGGCACUCUUUACUCCCAGGUGUCUUUCUUGGAUACCUUCUUCCCAGGCUUGGGUGUUGCCUUGGGAUACAUUUAUCCUCUCACUUCUGGAAAUACUCAUCUUGGACUUGGAACCCAGCUUUUCUGCACCCUCGGUUUAGUUACGUUCAUACUCAAGUACGCCUACAGGCGUGUUCAAACAGUCCUUGAGGAGCAUUUCAUGUACACCACAAAGAUAUCCACGGACGGCACCUACGACAUUCUGCUCAAUUGGGUACAGUCGCAACCAUUCGCAGCGCAGACUCGAUCCUCAAUCGUCACUAUCCAGGCAUCUCGGGAAGGUGAGAAAAAAGGAACAUUCAACUACAUGCCGUGGAAUACCCGCAAUUUCUUCUGGUACAAGGGCCGCCUUCUCUGUGUGCGGACUGUGGAAGACAACUCGUGGAGAGGGCAAGAAGUUCUCUUAAGUUGUUUUAGCACGUCUCCGAGGAUACUGCAAGACUUUCUUGACGAUUGCAGAGCCAUUUAUGAGAAAAGUUCAAAGGGAAAAACUGCGGUUUACGUGAAUGGCGACGGUUGGACACUUGCCAAAAGGCACGAUCAACGGCCCAUGGAUACUGUCAUACUUCCUGAAGUUGUGAAGAGGGAUUUUUUGGAUGAUGUUGCAGAGUACCUCGACCCCGACGCAAGAUCUUGGUACAACUACCGAAAGCUACCAUACCGUCGCGGAUAUAUGCUACAUGGCAAGCCAGGCACUGGCAAAUCGAGUUUAGCCUUUGCAGCUGCUGGACGGUUUGACUUGGAUAUCUACGUUUUGAAUCUUACUAAAGUCAGCGAUAAGACCCUCCAGAAAUUGUUACGAAAUUUACCCGCACGAUGUCUUGUUCUCUUGGGAGAUAUCGACGCAAUCGAGGCCGCCAAAAGCCGCGUCGGCGAUGUUGCGGGGUCAAAGAACGAAGCCGCAGGCGACAACGUGACACUCUCCGGGCUCCUGAAUGAACUUGACGGAGUUGCGUCCGAUGAAGGUCGUGUAGUAAUCCUAACAACCAAUCAUAUCGAUCGCAUUAACCUAGCUAUUUUAUAA